AGAUGCGGACGGUUUAUACAUCAAUAAAAGAUAUCACUCCAAGUACAAGAGACUGGAAAAUCAAAAUGAUUGUGGCAGAAAAGUCACCCAAACGAACAGGCCAACGCUCACCAGUGAAGUACCAAAGCCUAACAUUGAUUGAUCCAGAGGGAAAUCAGCUGCAAGCUACAAUAUUUGAUAAAGAUAUUGACUCGCGACAAGAUACUUUGCACAUUUUCCAGUCAUAUUACAUCAGUAAUGCAUAUGUGAAGCCAUUGGAUCCGAAGUAUAGAAUUGAAACAUAUGAAUAUCAAUGGAUCUUAAAUGCUAAAACAAUAAUUGAGGAAGUUCCAAAGGAUAAAGGACAAUUGGAGCCACCAAAGUACCAACUCAUUCCAUUCAAUGAAUUAGAUGCCUACAAGAAUUCAAUUGCAAAAAUAGGUAAUUCACUCUUUACUUUAGAAUAUUUAAUUAUCAAUAUACUAAAAAUUUAAAUCUUAUUUGUCAGACAUUUUAGCUCUUGCAAUCCAAAUCAAGCCAUGUAGAGAGAUAACUUUAGCACAUGGACCAACAACUAUUCAAGAGAUAUAUG